AUGGGAGCUCCUACAUCGGAUCGAAUAGCGGUAAUGUUGACCGGUUUUGCUUAUGAAAAUGGCAAGCAAAUUUUAUGGGAUGAAGCAUACGAAGAAGGAGAAAAUUUGAAAUCUACCUUGCUGUAUUAUUCUAUAUUCAGAACAAGUCUAAAAGCGUUGGAGCAAAAUUCAGCUAUCCGUGAAGCCCUCUAUAAUUUCAGACCACAUGAACCCCAGAAAGGCUCUGCUCUCAUUAAAAUUGAGCUCGUAUUUAAUAAAACAGAAUUAGAACGCCAUAAAAUAAGUUACAAAUCAGCAGAAUUUUUGAGAACAAUUUUUGAUCUCUUCAAAUCUUAUGCAACCUGGGGUGAAGUGGGUGACCAAAGUUAUUUUGGUACAAUAACGGAAAUUACAAGUGAGGUCGACAACAAUACAUACUCUUUUUAUCCGAAUGAGGUCUUCACGCGUUCUGAAGAAAGAACACAUUAUUUCCAGUCACUAUGUUCAGGUUCCUCGGCUAACCGUCUAGCAAGACACAUAUUUAUUUUCCUGCUGAUGAAAUACACAAGGACUUUACUGUGA